UUGAUGAGCAGGAGAUGCUGGAGGUGAUUGAGGAUGGGGACAUGGAGGACUGGGUCAAGGCCCGCAAUAAGGUCGGACACGUGGGUUAUGUUCCCGAGAAAUAUCUGCAGUUUCCCGCCUCCAACAGUUUGCUGAGCAUGCUUCAGUCCCUGGCAACGCUGGACGCUCGCUCGCACACUUCCUCCAACUCCACUGAGCCAGAGUUGCACUCCGGCUGCAUCAACGGAGAUGUUAACAUGGUGUACGUGCGGGCGCUGUACGAUUACGAGGGCCAGGCGGAGGAGGAGCUGACAUUCGCGGAGGGAGCGGUGAUUCGCCUUCUGAGCCGAGACACGCAGACCGACGACGGCUUCUGGGAGGGGGAGCUCAACGGACGGGUGGGCGUUUUCCCCUCGGUUUUGGUGGAGGAUCUGACGGAGAACGGAGAGACGAGUGUGGGAGGGCCCAACGGAAUACAGGUGUCGCCCUCCACAAAGCUGCCAUCCUGCCUUCCGCCUCUCCCGCUGUACGACCAGCCUCCCAUCAGCCCGUUCACCAGCCCCGAGACCACCACGCCUCCGUCACUGCCGCGGUCGCCCUCCGCCGCGCUCAACGGCGAGCACAAGCUCCCCAUCCCCGCCGCCUCACACCGGACACCGCUAACCACGCCGAAUCUAAGUUCCGGAAGGAGUCCGGCGUCGCCCGGCUUUCAGCUGCAGCCGCCCAGAUGUGCCCCUGAGGGAGGCCCGGGGAAACUACGACCUGUACGUGCGGCUCCUCCUCCACCCAAGCAGCAGCAGUCUCGACGGCAGCACGGCAAGAGCGACAAGGCGGAGGAGGUGGAGAUCACGCUGGUGUAGCGGACGCCAGACAACAGGCGGUCGGACCCACACCCGAAACAUCGCCCAGAACUGAACUGAGCCCUCACUCUCGCUCUCCGUUAUCCUCAAGUUGAGGCGGAGGAAGAGAGGGGGGCUGUCAAUGAAGGAUUCUGGGUAUUUGCUUCCUGAUGAAGUGCAGCAGUAGCUUCUUCCCCCCCGAUGUUUCCGUCUUCUCUCGCCUCACCUUCUUCCAUUCUUGCCUUAAAGACCUGAUUGGGCGACGGCCCCCGAGCACACUGGAGGAACAGGACCAAUGGAGACGUGAGCCGUGGACAGAAGGCCAUGUAGCAGUCCAGGUCUUGGGGACACUACCUGUACACGCCCACGUUCCGGACCAAUCAUUGCACGGGCGGGAGUAGGCCACGCCCCUUUUGACAAACACAGUGGAACCUUGAAGGUGGAACACUUUUCACUUUUCACAAUUUAGUUUCCGUACCAUCUAAUAUUUCGUAGUCCAACUCACGUUCUGUGGUUUUUCCACAAAAUACUUGUCUAAAAUUUUAGUUUUGAACACAUUUUGGAUGAAUUAAUACUUGUUAUUUGAUUAAUUUCAGUCCAUUCAUUUUUUAAUUUUUUUUUAAUCACAUUUUGAGCUAAUUUAAAAAAAUAUUCCAAUUUAAACACCUUUUGAAUGAAUUAAUUUGGGUUAUUUGAUGAAUUAUUAGAGUUAAUCACAACUUUUACAUUUGAAUUAAUUAUGUAUUAAUUCAUUUGGGUUUAUCGAUUGAUUAAUUUGGGUUGGCUAUUCAGAAA